AUGACGACGACGACGACGGAAGCCACACCCCACGUAACACAAGCCUUUGUGCCGAUAACGCUUCGUCUGCGCGUUGAGCCGGCCGAAGAGCGGCAUAUUCAGUGGGCGGAGGACGUCAUAGACAAUGAAGGCAUGGGCAAGAAGUCAAGCAAGGUGUGCUGCAUCUAUCACAAACCCCACGGCGUCGACGAAUCGUCUGGCUCGGACUCGUCGGACUCUUCGAGCGACAACGACUCGGAUAGCGAACCGGAUAACAGCACUGCGCGGCCAGUGGGUGGGAGCAGGAGGGGGAGGAAGGGCCAUCACCAUCAUGAGCAUGGUGAUGGACAUGGGGAUGGGUGCGGUGGUGGGAAGGGGAAGGGGAAGGGAAAGGCGAGGAAGAGGAGUCCGAAUGCAUACGAGAAACAGCCGAAAUAUGGAGGAGGCAAGAAGGCGUGA